AUGGAGAAGAUGCUGAAGGAGUUCCAGGACGUGCGUUCAUCACUCCAAGCGAAAGGCCUGGAGGUGGAAGUGGGCCACGUCCGCGAGCCAGAGAUUCUGAAUUGCUUGGUUGGCAGCACUUUCGGAUGCUGCUUCAGUUGCAACUUGUUCGUGAGCGACCUCUUCCACCCCAACCAGGAGCUCCACGGGCACAUCGCGGAGGCUGUUGCCAGCUUGCUCAAAGUGGAGCGGUGUUCCGACCAGGCGUGCAAGAAAGUGGGCUAUGCAGGUGAAACCUGCUUCGAGCUCAACAACACCCAGUCGCCCGAGAAGGCUCAGUCGACUGCCAGUACAACAACCUCAUAG